AUGAUUAUUUUAUAUAAAUGUAAAUUAUUAGUGAAAAAUAAUAAUGAUAAUAAAAUUAAAUUAAAUUCUAUUUUAAAUUUAAAAUUUAAGAUAUAUAAUAUUAAUAUUAAUUUUUUAAAUAAAAAAAUUAUAGAAUAUAUUAAUAAAUAUAAAUUUAAUAUUUUUAUUAUUUAUAUUUAUUCUAAUAAAAUAUUUAAAAUUAUAUGUAAUUAUACUAUAUUUAAUUUAUAUAGAAAAUAUUAUAAUAAAUUAAAUAAUAAAAUAUAUUUAAUAUAUAAAAUAUUAUUAUAUAAAAAAUUUCAAUUAUUAUUUUAUAAUAUAAAUCAAUUAUUAUAUAUAAUAAUAAAUAAUUUAAAAAUAAUUAAAUAUUAA